AUGAGAGCAUAUAAAACGUUCGCCAGAGUGCUAGUAGGCCAUAUACAGAGAGCAUCCAUUCACUCGACGAGAACCAGUCGUAUUCGCACUAUUGGUGUCAUUGGAGCAGGCCAAAUGGGAACUGGAAUAGCUCAUGUAUCAGCUCAUGUAGCUAAAUUAUCAGUCAUCUUGCUGGAUUCCAACCCUGUACAAGUUGCUAAAGGAAUGAAGCUUAUAGACUUGUACUUGGAAAAGGAUGUUGUCAAGGGCAAGAUCACCACUGCUGACAAGGACGAAACGAAAUCAAGAAUAAAAAGUACAUCAGAUAUUAGAGAUUUCUCUUCUUGCGAUUAUGUCAUUGAGGCAGUCAGUGAAAAUCCCGCCUUGAAACGUGAAUUGUUUCUUGGCCUGGACAAGCUUACACCACCACAUUGUAUUUUGGCCUCAAAUACGUCCUCGAUAUCUAUUACGAAAAUAGCUGCUUCGACACAGCGGCCAACCAAGGUUAUUGGAAUGCACUUUAUGAAUCCAGUCCCAGUAAUGAAACUAGUCGAAAUCAUUCCUGGAUUGGCGACUGACGCCGCAACAUUGGCAACGACUCAUGAGCUUGCCAAAUUGAUGGGCAAAGUGACUACAGAAAGUAUGGACAUGCCUGGAUUCAUCGCUAAUCGAAUCCUUAUGCCAUAUAUCAAUGAGGCUGUUUACGUGUUGCAAGAGGGAAUUGCAACGAAAGAGGACAUUGACACAACAAUGAAAUUGGGAACUAAUAUCCCAAUGGGCCCUUUGACGCUGGCCGAUUUCAUUGGGUUGGAUACGUGUUUGGCGAUUAUGAAGGUGUUGAAUACGCAAUUGGGCGAUACAAAGUAUAGACCUGCUCCCCUUUUGACUAAAUAUGUUGACGCUGGAAAGAAGAGUGGACGAGGCUUUUACGAGUACGAAAAGAAGUAA